AUGAUGAAGAAGGCAUCUGGGGAUCAGCCUCUGCUUCUGGACCAGGCGGUUGAAGCAGCCAUCGAGUGGGCUGACGAGAAGGUCGAGGACCUGUACAUGAUGCAACCCGUGGCGACCGCUGCCAGCUCCGAGCGAGGAGGAUCAUGUGCAGAGGAGGCGCUAUCUCGCCUUAUGCCUUCGAUGGUGGAAGCGUUCAGCAGGAUCCAAUUGUCGUCUCAAGUACCGCCAACAUCGCACCAAAGGCAAGGCGGUGGGGGUGGUUACCACCAAGCUGCCCAACCUCCCCAAUACCCGCCGGCCCAACCACCACCGCAGCCGUACAGUCAACCUCCUCCACCUCCGUCGGGAUCGCAGUACGUACCACCUCCGACGCAGACCUCCGGACACCGCAUACUCGCUGGCGUCGCUCGGGGCUCGCCGCCCAAGGUCGUCAAAAUCUUUCAGAAAACCGCGACUCUCGACGACUGCGCUUUUCCGCCGCAGAAUCCGAAAAAUAACAAUCAAGUUUACAACGGAAGAUGGGACUGGGAAAAGACACUGGACACUGGCGAGCGUAUGCUCAAGUACCAGGUCAACAGGCGCGCUGAGGAUGCCGGCCAGAAGAAUCUGGCCCGGGGGACUUCCCGUGGGGAUGUGUCUUGGGCGGUGGUCCCUUCGCCGUGCGAGGGAGACACUGCCUCGGUCCUGGAGAUGCUCCGCUCCCAGUUCAGUUCAUAA